CCUGUCCCCAGAAAUGAGAAACCCUCACACCUUUAACCCAAAGCCAAAAUACUAACAAGAUUUUCCCCCAUUCUUCUUCUCUCAAACACCAUUCAAAGAACUUCAAUUACCCCGAAGAUUUCACCUUUUUAAGUCAAGGUUAACCCCUCAAAUCCUCAUUUUUACCAGCUCUGCUCCUGUUAGUUUGGUGUCUUUACUCCUUAACUUAAUUCACAAAAUCCAUUACUCCUGCAAUUUCUCACUGUUUGUCCCUCUUUGCCUCCUCUCCCCCUUCUCUUUCUGUCCGUGAAACAGAGGGACCGGAAGAACUCUCUGCAACUUCAAAAACCCAUGAUUGUUAUGCCAUGUUCUGUGUGCUAACAAUGAUUGUUAUGAUUGUCUGAUUAUGCCCUUUUCACCUUUUGCAGUUUAAUCUUCUUUGGUAUUAUUACUACUAUUGUUGUUGGUGUUAAUCAUUGUGUUGUUUUGAGAAAAACCCUAGCUUUGUCUGCCCAUUUGGUUUCGGAGCAGCAAUUCUUGGGCUGCUUCAAUGCAAGCCCUUGAUCUCCCAUGUAAUCCUUCUCUAGACCCCCGUGCGCCCGAUCUCUCCGCCAUGUCCAAGCAUUCCUCGCCGAUCCACUCCCCGGACGACCAGUCUUCCCAAAACCCGGAAAAUGGAAAAACCCAUGUCGAGAAUAACAAGAGUGAGAAUGUUAAGGAGAGUAGUGUUAAGAAUAGUACUACUAGUGACAAUAAUGGUAGUAGUACAAGUGUAGUAGUUAGGAGGGAGAGGCCAUCGAGGGCGUGCACGCAAAGGGCGGCAGCGAGGAUGCAGGCUGCUGCUGAGGCCGAGGCUGCUAUGGCUGAGGCUGAGAAGAAGAGAAAGAAGGCAAAGAGGGAGAGAUUAGCAGCAAGGCUGUUGAAGGAGGAGUCUGAGGAGGAGAUGGAGGAUGGCUUAUGGGAGGAGGACGAUGGAGGGAAGGAGGAGAAUGGAGAGGAGGAUGGGUCUUCUUCGCAGUCACGGUUGCAAUAUAGUAGAAUAGUUACCCCACUGGUCGGAGAGCCAGAGGCUUCACAGUUGCCGCGCUGGAAAAUACGGUCCAUGUGGCAGUUGGCUUCUAUUCUCAAUUUCUUGAAUGUAUUUAGGCCUUUAUUGAAUAUUAAAGUGGAAUUUUCGGCAGAGGAGUUUGAGACAGCUUUGAUGACCCCCAACAGUACUUUGGCUGAUAUACAUAUGCCACUGUUGAAGGCAAUUCCUCCGGUCACUAGAAUGGCACUUGGACAUGCUACUUGGAUUACUGUUUUAUGCAGAAAAUUGAAAGAUUGGUGGCAUUGGGUUGCGGAAGGAGAUCUACCUAUUGUUGCAUCACAUGGGACUGAAGUAGAAGCAUACAAUGCACUUGAUCCUGGUGUCCGAGUGGUGAUUCUGAAGGCCUUAUGUGAUAUUCGGGUUGAGCAAGAAGAUAUACGUAACCAUAUAGAUGACUCAAUCAAACAUGGGAUUCCACUUUCAGUAUUUCGCAAAGAACGCCUAGGGGGUGAUUCUUAUGGAAUCUCAUAUUGGUAUGAAGAUGAUCCCAUCAUUGGUCAUCGACUGUACAGAGAGAUCAGAAAAGUUGAGGUGAAAAAGGGAAAAGGAAGGAAUAUUCCGCCUAUUCCUCACUCAUCAUAUCAAUGGGAAGCAGUUGCCACUAAUCUGGACGAAUUCCAGAAUGUUUCUGAGAAGCUCUUUUCAAGUAAAAAUAGAACAGAGGUUUCCGUUGGGAAGAAAUUGAAAAAUGACUUGCUUCCUGAAAUUGAGAAGGUCCACAAGAGGAAGGAGAAAUUGUUGAAGAAACAACACAGGCAAGCGCUUAUGCUUCAUAGCAUGAUUAAUAUGGAUGGUCUUGCCACCGGGCGCUCUCUCCGUGAUCGAAAACCCGUCACUUAUACUUUUGAUGAUUAUGAUCGAUCAAUAAAUGAGGCUAUAAAGGUCACCAAGAAGAAACAGCCAUCCCCGGAACCUUUUGACAGGAGAGAUCCUUCUCUGAAACUUGAAGUUUCUACUAAUGGUAGACCUGGUGUUCCUUCUCAAUAUUCUCGGCCUGUCUCAUUUAGUGCGUUGUCUCCUAGAUCACCUGAAGAUGAUGAGUUUUAUGAUGAUCAGAAAACUGAAUCAUUGGAUCGCAGCAAUCGCCGAAGGCAGCGGCCUCAGCGGUACUCUGUCAAAGAGUUUGUGGAAGCUGUCUCAGAUAACGAGGCAGAUUUUGAUAGUGAUGAUGAUAUAGUUGGUGAAGUGGUUUACGAUGAUGAAUACCUAAAGAGACGAAGAAAGAGAGCGAAGAUGUCGAGUAGCUCCGAAGGCGAUGAAGAGUAUCAAUGGGAUGAAGAAAAUCCUGAAGAGGAAGAAUAUGAAGAAGAAGAUGAUAUCUUAAGUACGAGUGAGGACAGUGAUCAGCCUCGCAGGUUCAAGACAUUGCCGGGCCGCACUAGGAGGGAAACGAAAUUGAGGUCAGUUGAUGAGCUCCAGUCAGGUCUCAGGCGCAGUAAAAGGGCGACAAAAAAUCGUAUCAAUUACAGGCAGUAUGAGAUGUCUGAAUCAGAUACUGAGUCAAUGAAGCCUGAUAAGUCAAGUGCAUUAGAUGAGCACUCUACCGCAAGUGAUAAUGCAGAGUUCUCAACGGGUAGUCAAGAUUCUGACGAGAAGAUCGGUAAGCAAGAGCUGCAUGCCAAUCAGCCCAUCGAGGAGCAGUAUCCUGAGAUGGUUGACGAAAAGCAAACCAAUCCAGAAGAGCAAACUAAUCACAGAGAUGAAGAAGAAGCUGAAGGAGUAAGAAAAAGACGUUUUCUCGAUUUAAAUGAGCUUGCUCCAGGUUCUGGGUUUGAUGAUGGCCCCAACUCAAUGGCAGAUGAAGAACCAGAUGACUUCUAAAGUUUCCUUUCCACCGAAAAAGGGGAGAACAUGUUUUCUCCCAAGGAAGCUUAUUUGAAUGUUAGAUGACUUCUAUAUUUGUGGUAAAUCCACUCCAAGAAGGAAGUGACUAAUGGAGAGUUACUCCCUUGGCGAAAUUUAAGCUACACCCUGAAUUAUUAAUGUUUUCCUGCUGGGGGCAGCUUGAUGCUGAGGAAAUUAUGAACAUUUAGUCAAAUUUACGGUUACAUCUGAGAGAAAAAGCACAAAAUGAGAUAUGGAUGGGGAAUUCUGUUAAGAGUUCUUACUCUUUGAUGCACUCAGUGUACAAUAACUUGUUAAUUGAUAUUUGUAUUGAAAGAUUUCUCUUUUAGA